AUGGCAAGGAAGCAGACCUUUCCAUUGCUCAUACAGGACACGUCUGAUUCAGACAACCAGCUAGCUCUUUUUGGCUUCCUGCAGAACAUCCUGAAGGACUUGUCGCAGGUUUCGACAGUGAAUGGCCUCUGGGGUGUAAGCCCGCGGCAUGUAGAUCUCAGCUUCCCCAGUGCCUUCAACAAGGCCAUUGUGGGCAAUCGCCCUGAUUUCCGUGCGUUUGAACCUGUCAAAAAUUUUCAUGAAGGAACUGGAAUGGUUGCGAGAUCAGAUCAGGAAAUGAAAGAUCCCGAUCUUAGUAGGGGAGCAUUAGAGGAUAGCAAACUCGUUCUUCGGAAUGAGAUUCGGAGAACGUACUCAGUGGUCAUGCAGGCUGCGGGCCUUGAUCCAUCGCAUCAAUCCUCAUGGGAGCUGAUGCUUAGAUGUUUCCCCUGCAACGUGCUUCCGUUUCCAGAGGAGCAUCUCUUGUCUCACCAUUACUUCGCCCGCGAGUUUCUUUUUGAUCGCGGUGACCUGGAAGGCCAUCGGUUUGGUGAUCCGCUGACAGCGGCCACUUACAACCGCAUUGUCAAUGAGAUAGAUGGCGAGGUUGCUGUAGAUGCCAGUGGUGCCUACGACCGGAAAGCAGACGUUUCACAGGGCCUCGCUGAGAAGCGAAGGCAGAGAGCCCGCCGGUUCGUGCAAGAUGCGCUGGAUCGCUGGGAUAAGAUUUUAAGGGCCUCCCACAUGGAGUGGAUCGAUGACGCGGAACGGAUCGCCACAUCUUUCCUCGGUUCGGUCACUGAUGUGAUUGUCAUGGCUCCGGUGACAAUGACAGAUGACAUUUGGGCGAAACUUGUGACAGCAAAGAGACUCUGGGGCAUGUUCUUUGCGCUGGACAAUGCUGCAGAGUACGGCCAUUGGGUUGUAGAUGAUAAAGCCAAAAACAUCUUCAGAAAUAACUUCAAUACGGCGCUGAGCGAGCAGGGCACGCUUCGGAUGCUGAAACAGAUCCACAGCAAGGAAUUGCGGGCUCACUUUCACCCCACUGAGCUCUUCAAGGGCGAGCUGGGCAAAGUGAGUUGGGAAGCCGCCCGCGACCUGGUGGUGCCGGUAUACGAAGCUAUGAACAGUGGAGGUGAGUUCUUAUCACAGGUUUCACCCAUGCUUGGUGUCUACAAUUGUUAUAACUGCGCAAAGUCGCCAAAAGGUGAACCCCAGCAGAUCUCUGACCCUUUGACGGUCUUUGAAUUCUUGAACUUCUCCAAGAGAUAUUCGCAAUCAGAUGUCGAAUCAUCCUUCAACCCUGAAGACUACAUGCCAGUCGCUUCCUACAGCCCAUCAUUGAUUAUGGCAGAUCAUGCCACGACAGAGCAGAACUACCGUGCAGCUCUGGACUUUGCCAAGAGCAAGGGCAUUAGCAAAGAAAGGCUUCAACAAGCUGUUCGCAAGGAACAGGUUUUUGUAGUGAAGUUCACUUAUGAGCCCAUGAACAAUGGCAUGUAUGCUGGCCAUGGCUUAGUGAAACGAAUGCUCCCAGAGUAUGGGAAAUGGCUUACAAGCCUGUUGACUGCAAAGCCGGACUUGAAGGCACCUGAUGGGCUCACAAGCUCAACGCCCAUCUUGGAAUCAACGAGACAGGUGUUUGUCCACAACACGCUGAACCCAGUUGAUGACUGCGGCCCAAAUUCUGCUUUGCCAGUCUGCGGCCACUCCACUUGCAAGUUGAUGUGA